UGUUAACUCACACUAAUGUUUUUCCUAUCAAGUGUCCGAUAUGUGAGCAAAGACGUUCAACUCGAUUUGCAAUGAAGAUUCAUAUAUUAUAUCACACAGGAGAGCGUCCCUUUAAAUGUUUGUCGUGUGAAAAAACCUUUUUCCAACUCAAACAAGUAAAGAAGCAUUUGUUAAAUCACUUUGGGACAAAUUCUUACAAGUGUACUACAUGUGGCAAAUUUUUUGCUUCUAACAGCUAUUUGGAGACGCAUAUUGCAACAGUUCAUUCCAGUACAGGAAAAAUACCUUUUAAGUGUACCACAUGUGGAAAAUCCUUUACUAGUAGCAGCAAUAUGAAGAGACAUUUUGCAAUUGUUCAUUUAGGAGAGACACCUUACAAGUGCAAUAUAUGUGGAAAAUCCUUUGCUUCUAACAGCUAUAUUAAGAGACAUAUUGCAAGUGUUCAUACAGGAGAGACACCUUAUAAGUGCACUACAUGUGGAAAAUCCUUUGCUUUAAACAUUGGUAUGAAGACACAUAUUGCAAGUGUUCAUGGAGGAGAGAGACCUUUUAAGUGCAAAACAUGUGGAAAAUCCUUCGCUUCUAACGGCAAUAUGAAGAAACAUGUUGCAAGUGUUCAUGCAGGAGAGAAACCUUAUAAGUGCACUACAUGCGGAAAAUCCUUUCCUUCUAACGGCAAUAUGAAGAAACAUGUUGCAAGUUUUCAUGCAGGAGAGACACCUUAUAAGUGCAAAACAUGUGGAAAAUACUUUGCUUUUAACAGCAAUAUGAAGAAACAUAUUGCAUGUGUUCAUAUAGGAGAGACACCUUUUAAGUGCACUACAUGUGGAAACUCCUUUGCUUUUAACAGCUAUAUGAAGAGACAUAUUGCAAGUGUUCAUACAGGAGAGACACCUUAUAAGUGCACUACAUGUGGAAAAUCCUUUGCUUCUAAGGGCAAUAUGAAGAGUCAUAUUGCAAGUGUUCAUUUAGGAAAGACACCUUUUAAGUGCACUACAUGUGGAAAAUCCUUUGCUUCUAACAGCUAUAUGAAGAGACAUAUUGCAAGUGUUCAUACAGGAGAGACACCUUAUAAGUGCACUACAUGUGGAAAAUCCUUUGCUUCUAAGGGCAAUAUGAAGAGUCAUAUUGCAAGUGUUCAUUUAGGAAAGACACCUUUUAAGUGCACUACAUGUGGAAAAUCCUUUGCUUCUAACAGCUAUAUGAAGAGACAUAUUGCAAGUGUUCAUACAGGAGAGACACCUUAUAAGUGCACUACAUGUGGAAAAUCCUUUGCUUCUAACAGCUAUAUGAAGAGUCAUAUUGCAAGUGUUCAUUUAGGAGAGUCACCUUAUAAGUGCACCACAUGUGGAAAAUCCUUUGCUUCUAACAGCUAUAUGAAGAGACAUAUUGCAAGUGUUCAUACAGGAGAGUCACCUUAUAAGUGCACCACAUGUGGAAAAUCCUUUGCUUCUAACAGCUAUAUGAAUAGUCAUAUUGCAAGUGUUCAUACAGGAGAGACACCUUAUAAGUGCACUACAUGUGGAAAAUCCUUUGCUUUAAACAGUAAUAUGAAAAGACAUUGCAAGUGUUCAUACAGGAGAGACACCUUAUAAGUGCACUACAUGUGGAAAAUCCUUUGUUUGUUACCGCUAUAUGAAAAUACAUAUCGAUGGUUAUAUGCACAAACAUUGUAUGUCCAAUUUUUUCACUUUUGAGACCUAUUAUGUGCACUACAUGCGGAAAAUCCUUUACUUCUAACAGCGAGAGACAUAUUGCAAGUGUUCAUACAGGAGAGAGACCUUAUAAGUGCAAAAAAUUCUUUAAAACCAAUGACAACAUAAAGAGACAUUCAUUUAUUCAUACAAGAGUAAAAGUGCACUUUAUGUAAAACAUUCUUUAAGUUGAUUAUUGUUUUUUUGAGGAGACAUGCGCGAACUGUUCAUACAGAGAGAUCAUAGUGCACUACAUAAAAGUCCAACUAGAUAUAAACUCAUAUAUUGCAAGUGUUCAUACAAGAGAGAUACAUUAUAAGUGCAUUUUAUGUGGAAACCACUUUGCCUGUUAUAGUUGUUUGAAGAGACAUUUUCUGACUGGUUCAGACAGGAGAUAAACCUUACAUGUGCAUUUCAUGUGGAAAAUCGUUUUCAUUUAUAAUCUGCAUGAAUUAAAUAUAAUAUAUUACUUUAUUGUCACAUACACAAGAAUACAUUCCAAGUUUCUAGCGCACCUAGAGGAACAGGUGACAUUGUCAAAUAUGCAUAAUAUAAAACAAA